AUGCUAGACCUCUCUUCCUUGCCUCCAUGGAUCAUUGAAGCCGGCGACUUUGUGAUUGGCUGUGGCUUUCUCCUUGGUUUCAUCCUAAUGAAUGUACCCCAGCAUUAUCUAUGUUGGAAGUAUCGAUCAGCUGAAGGCUUAAGCUUGGCAUAUAUCCUGAUUUGUACCAUCUCCAAUGUGACCAUCACUUUGGCCAGCUUGAUGGGAGACUACCAUUUCAUUAUCGCCACAGCUACCAAUACUACCGGUAGCAGCAGUUCCAACAGUACGGGAGACGACUUUAACCUUGGGGAUUUCAACACCACCAGCAUGUCAACGGGAGACAUUGCUGUCUUGAUGGCGUCAGCUACCAAUUCCCACCCUCAUCAUCCCCACGGAGACGAAGACUGGUCCAUAGCGUUGCUUCGACUCUUUGCCACCUUGAAUGCCUGCAUGCCAACCCUGCAGAAUUUCGUGUCCAUCUUGGUCGGUGUCCCAAGUUUGAUCUUUUACUACUUUCUCUUUUCCACUCCUCAACCGUACCGUCCCUCUUCCGAAGAAGAAGAUCAAACCGCCACACAACAACCACUCUUGGGACUCGAAGCAUCGCCCUCCACCAGCUUUACCAUGGACGACAACAACAAUAAUAAUGACGAAGAAGCAGUUGCGUCACAAGACGCCAUUAUCACUCGCAAAUACUACUACAGCGAUGGCACCGAAUUCCACAUGGCCAAGAUUGCCACUGUCGUUACAUGGAUCAUUUGUGCCGUGGCCGCCGUCAUUAGUUUUGGCGUGUUAGCGAAUGAGGACUCUGACAAGGAGGAAAACACCCUCCUACAAGUAUGGGGUAGUACCGCGGCCAUUACCAACAUGAUUCUGUAUAUACCCCAAAUUGUCACCACCUGGCGGCAUCAACACGAAGGAGUCCUCAGCAUGGCCUCGUUGGUGAUUAGUGUCGUGGGAGACUUGGCAUUGGUCGCCUUUUGGAUUGUCGCUUCGGGAGAAACCGUGUGGGUAUAUGCGGCCGGUGUCGCGGAUGCCGGGAUGCAACUCAUUCUGAUUGGGAUGAUUAUCGACUUUCGCAAAAAGCGGGCCCGUGAACGCGCCGAUGCCCAGGGCGAUUACGACUUUGUCUAUGAUGCUACCGACGACGAAGACGACUAUCGAUACGACUAUUCCUUGACGACCAAAAACAAUAAUACCAAUAAGGGUGGUGAGAUUGAAGUGGUAUAUGGCGAAGUCUUGGAGAUUUAUGCCAGUACCACUUCCGCACUCGAGUCGCUCUGGGAAACACAAACACUGCCUACCACGACAACCCAUGGAUCGAUGGAUCAGUCGUCACGAGAGUUUCUGAUAUAA